AUGAGUUUCAGCUCGGUUUUUGCGGAAAUUUUCGAGCGUAAGUGAUUGAAAUAGUUACUUAGCAACUGCUUUAAAUAGGACAUUUGCAGAAUUGUCAACGGAACACGUCAAAAAUGACUGGAGAGCGAUUCGAAACGUGGCUCUCGAUGAAAAUGAGGUGGAGGCGAUUCAGCGGGUGAUUGCGAGAGUUUGUGCUCAACAUUUGGAAUUGUUCGAUGCCGGAAAGAAGGUUUUAAUUGAUUAUCAUAUAAAAAUCAUUAAAACAUCAGAAAUUUUUAGGUAGAAUCGUUAAAUUCCUCCCAAGCCGCUGUUUUCCCCCAAUUUCUGUUCAAAAUCGUCAAUCUCUUUAACGGACUACCCGAAGAGCACAAAAACUACACAAAUGCAAGGAUUUUGCUGAAAUGUGUACACGAAAAUUCGAAAUCUUCGAAUAAUUCUAUUGACUUUUCCGAGAUAGAAGAAAUUUCACGGAUUAUCGACAGGGCAGGUAAUGUAUGCUUUUUGCAGUGCGUUUUUAACCUGACGCCUCGAUUUUUAUAGGUUUUAAUCAAAGAUUUACUCGAGGAUGCGCUAAAAUUGUACCCGGAUGAUGGGAAAUCGCGGAAAAUCAGCGCCAGAGACAUUUUGGACGGCGUCAUUCUGUCGGACAACCCGGAAAACGGAAUUUUCAAAGAAAAAGCGUUUGUAGAAUUGAAAGAAAAGGUUUGAGUGAUCAAAUUUCGAUAAUUUUAAUAAAAAUCUAAUUUUUCAGCUGAUGAAUUUGUCGGACAACGCCUCAAUUUCCGAAUUUGAACGCAAAAUUCUGGCCGACGAGAAGACGGGCGGCACUUUUUACCCGACAUUGUACGGACCUCACCACUAA